AUGCAGGAGAAUGACCUGUCAGCUAAUCGUGAGGUAGUUCUGGCUAAGGCAAACGACAUAUGCCGGGCCAAGUACGGCUAUCAAGCGUCCUCGGAACGAAGUUCCAUUGACGGUCAACGGGAGUUCUUCAGCGAGUACAUGAAGCACAUCAUCGAGUGCAAUGCAAGUCUGGAUCGAUUGUUCAACAUGGAUGAGACAAGGUUUUCUCAGAAGAGCAGGCAGACGAAGGUGACCUUGGUCAAAGGCUCGCAAAACGUGUAG